CCCCUGACUUCUCCCCACUUUUACAUUUUCGCCCAAUAUUUCCUCGGAAAUUUCGCAGAUGACACUGCCUUUCGCUCUACAAUUCUUCGUCCCCAUGUGAUUCUUCGCUUUAAUUUGCAGUUUGUGUUUCGUUCUUCGGUUCGGUUAGUGGGUUCUUCUUUGGAUGAUUUAGUAAUCUGAAAAGUUUCAAGAUUUUGCGAUGAAAUCGUCGACCAGGCUUGAUUCAGUUGUGUUUCAGCUCACUCCCACUCGAACCCGGUGUGAUCUGUUGAUAAUAGAUAAUGGAAAGGCUGAGAAGAUAGCUACAGGGUUGCUUGAUCCUUUUCUUGCUCACUUGAAGACUGCACAAGAUCAAGUUUCUAAAGGUGGCUACUCCAUUGUUCUCAAGCCUAAGGAUGGUGACAAUGCAGCUUGGUUCACUAAAGCAACAAUUCAGAGGUUUGUUCGAUUUGUGAGCAAUCCGGAUGUCCUAGAACGUGUCUACACUUUAGAAACUGAGAUCAUGCAGAUCAGGGAAGCAAUUGGUAUCCAGUACAACUCUGAAGUAGCAUUACCUGUUCAGGUGGAAGACAAUCUACGAGCAAAAAGAGCGGAGAGUACACAAGGUAGUAGGCCAUUACUACAGCUCAACGAGGAGAAAGCCAUUGUCCUUUACGAGCCAGAUUCACAUCCAAAGCAAGCAAAUCUGUCUACCACAUCAGAUGAAAACUCUAAAGUUCAAGUUCUGAAAGUUCUGGAGACAAGGAAGAAAGUGUUGCAGAAAGAACAGGGAAUGGCAUUUGCACGUGCCGUGGCAGCCGGUUUCCAAGUUGAUGAUAUGCUUCCUCUUAUAUCUUUCGCCAAAUCCUUUGGAGCCUCACGAUUGAUGGAUGCCUGCUUAAAAUUCAUGGACUUGUGGAAGAAAAAGCAUGAAUCUGGUCAGUGGCUUGAAAUCGAAGCAACACAGCCAAACAUCUCUCCAACGAACGCCUCAGGGACUAUGUUGGCAAAUGCUGCUAAUAUGCGUAGGAACUCGUGGCCUGGGUCACCUGAAAAUAAUAAUGAUGUGAAGUCUCUUACAAAUGUAAAUAAAGAACAUGUGCAAGGGCAGCAUCAACACCCAAUGUAUGCACCAUGGCCAGUUCACUCUCCGCCCGGGACUUUUCCAGUGUUUCAAGGAUAUACAAUGCAGGGCAUGCCUUACUAUCCAUAUCCAUCACCCUAUCCCUCUACGGAUGAUUCUAGGCGUAGCUCUGGCCAAAGAAAGGCUAAGAAACAUCACUCAUCUUGUAGCGAGGACUCCUCCGGAUCAGAAGAUCAGGGCAGAGAGAAAGGAAAAUCAGGUAGGAGAAGGAGAUCAGGGAAGGUAGUGAUUCGGAAUAUAAACUACAUUAAUUCGAAGAAGCAAGAUCAUUCAGGAACAGAAUCUGAUGCUGAAGAAGGGGCAAUAGUAGUAGAAUGUUACAAUGUUGGUAAAGAGAGAGAAACAAAAGGGACAGAGGCUGACACUGGGGAUUGGCAAGCAUUUCAAACUUUAUUGUUGCAAGAUGCUGAUACAGAAGAACGUACAGGGAAAUAUGAUGAUCCUUUGGCUCAUGACAAACGUGAAGCAGAAAGAUAUCAAGAAAGGGAUACUCAAAAUGGAAUUGUGACUCGUAGAAUUAGGGGAUCUAGUGACUCUUUCAUGGUUCACCAGAGAGAAAAUGGUUUUGAGAAUCCUUCUGAUCCUCUCAACUUGAAAGGUUUUGAUAAUCCAAGGAAUGGUCUGGAUAAAAGAUCAUCAUCAGUUAACAUGGAUGAUGAUUCUUAUAUUGUUACUCGGGAAGCUGGAAGCAGUACUCGAAAUGCUAUAGACAUUGGAUCAGAGAUCUCUUCGUACCACCAAGCUGAUGGAAGUAAAAGAAACAAGAUCAGUUAUGAGCCUCAUGAUCUGAGUCUGAUGCCAGAGCGAGAAACAGAGAAGUUAUCAGCUGGUUAUGAUCCUGCACUAGAUUUUGGUUCCAAAGCUUUAAAGAAAAAGAAUAACAAGGAAGCUGGAGUUACAAAGAAGUCAUUGAGAGAUCCAACAACAAGACUGUCUAAUGAUGCUGCAGAUAAGAGGAAGGCUUCAGGGGUAAUACGGAAAGGAAGACCCACAAAGAUGAGUCCUUUAGAUGAAGCAAGAGCACGAGCUGAUAAGCUUAGAAAUUUCAAAGCUGAUCUUCUGAUCAUCAAAAAGGAAAAGGAAGAGGAAGAGAGGAAACGCAUCGAAGGUCUGAAAAUAGCAAGACAGAAGAGGAUUGCUGCUAAAAGCAACUCAACUGUAGUAGGCCAGUCACAGUUAUCUGCUCAACAAACAAGAAAAAAUUUGCCAAACAGAUAUUCUCCUGGCGCUCCUAGAGCCUCUAAGUUUAGUGACACAGAACCAGGAUCAUUAUCAUCACCUCUUCAACGCCGUCUUCCCAUAAGAAGUGCUUCUUUAGGCUCCGGUGAAUCUGAGAAAGUUCCCAAGAAUAGUAAACUGAGUUCUGGAAGUAAGUCAACAGGUAACAGGCUAACAAGAUCGAUAUCACCUCUACCUCCAUCUAAGAGAGAAGGCACAGCUACAGGUAAUAGGCUAACAAGGUCGAUAUCACCAUUACCUCUUUCUAAGAGAGACACCAGAAUCAGUCUUGAUAGUCAGGACGAGUCAGUUUCAAGGACAAGACCCAAAAUGGGUAGUGCACCAAGUUCUGCAGUGAGGUCACUGCACAUGGCAGGAAGUUGGCUAACAAGGUCGAUAUCACCAUUACCUCUCUCUAAGAGAGAAACCAGAGUUAGUCUUAAUAGUCAGAACAAGUCAGUUUCAAGGACAAGACGAUUAUCGGAACCUAAAACGGUUAAUAAUAGUGCACCAAGUUCUGCAGUGAGGUCACUGCGCACAAUAGCAUCCAAAAAAGCAUCUGAUGCUCCGGAGAUAAAGAAAAUAUCUGCCAUUGUUAACUAUGAUAUAGCGAAAAUCGCCUCUCUUCCUGAGCUGAAGAUUAAACAACCAAAAGGGGCCGAGAAAACUAAAUCUUCAGCUUCUGAGAUUGAACCAAGUGGUAACAAGAACAAACCCUUGUGCCAAAAUGCUGUUGAUGAAACUCCAGUGAUUGAAAAGACAGUGGUGAUGGUGUUACCAAGUUCAGCUCGAAGCAUAAGUGCAGAUCAGACGAAACAAGAGAAGCCCAAGGUAACAAUGCAGGAGAGUAGCAAUGAUCUGGUCUUAGUUAGACCGGAAACUCUGAGUGACUUGAUAACAGAAACACCAAAGUUUCUGACAAUUCAAAGUGUUGUUGAGAAACCAUAUGAAGCUCCACAUGCUCGAGUUUCUUCUUUCGAAGUUCCAUGUACAGUGCACUCAGAGUGUUCCCAAGCACCUGGUCCAAGCUGUCAUUCAAAUGAAACAGCGCAAGAAACUGUCAAAGCUCUUGCAGCUGAGAAGAAGAUAAGUGAGGCCUUGGAGAAAUCUCAAACAAAGGAGUUAGCAACAAAAAGGCUCAGAAAACUGUUCAAAUUUGGAAAAAAGAGUCGGUCUUCGUCUACAGGUAAAUACCAUACCAAGUUUAAUAGUGCUGCUGCUGUCAGUAGCAACAAGGAUCAUGAAUCAGCUGUAACUGCUGCUACGACAAGUGAAGCUUUUACACUGAAGAAUCUCAUAUCUCAAGAUGAAACACCUACAGCAGCAACUGCUUCAUAGAAAUCUUCUCGCCAUUUUUCAUUGCUCUCUCCCUUCAAGAACAAGAAGAAAGUAUCAUGAGGACAGAGAUCAAUAUCUACAUUUACAGUCUUCAAAUCUUGUAGUGACUGAGUAUUUAUAAAGUAUCCAUCGAGCCUCUUCCGAGUAUUUAUGAACACUUAAUUCCAAAAGCGAUGAGAUGGAUGCAAUUGUCAACUGAUAAAUAUUAUUAGUGUAGUUCUAUUUUAUUUUAUUUCUUAUAAGAAAAAAACAGAUUUUUUUUUUGGA